CCGUGGAGGGUUGGAUCCUGUUUAUCACCGGAGUCCACGAGGAGGCCACAGAAGAGGACAUCCACGAUAAGUUCGCCGAUUUCGGAGAGAUCAAAAACGUUCAUCUAAAUCUGGACCGCAGGACGGGAUAUCUGAAGGGUUACGCCUUGGUGGAAUACGAGACUUACAAAGAGGCUCUGGCUGCCAUGGAAGGGUUGAACGGUCAGGACCUCAUGGGGCAGCCGGUCAGCGUGGAUUGGGGAUUUGUUCGUGGACCACCAAAGGGAAAGAGACGAAGUGGGCGAAGGAGGAGCAGAAGUCCAGGAGAAAGGAGACGGCGCUAAAGAUUCACCCCCCCCCCCCCCCAAUCACCGCCCUGCAUCCGUUUUCUGUUCUUAACCCGAGUUCUGUUUUUGUUAUGCUGUGUUUUAUUAAUGAUGGGUAGUCUGUGGGGGUGUAAGUUGCGCCCCCUUGUGGGAGGGGAGAAAGCAGUUUGCCCAAAAUAUAACGGAUCCACCAUUGGACUGCGCCAGAUUACUGACUGAGGCCGCAAUGAUGGUGGCUGAAGGAAAUGCGAUGAUAUCAGAAGGUAGUCGGUCUGUGUGAGAUUUUUCCAAAACUGCUAAAUAAAGUCUUUUUAUGUUA